UUUUCAAAACCGGGGGACACCACUGUUAGCAUCCUAACCCUGGAGCCAACGAUGGAAGAUGACGGGAAGAAUCUCACCUGCCGCGCUGAAAACCCGAUUAUCACGAAUAGUGCGUUGGAGGAUAAGUGGCAACUCCACGUUCAUUAUAUGCCCGUUGUUACUCUAAAAAUGGGUUCAACCCUCAACCCAAACGAUAUCAAAGAAGGGGACGAUGUUUAUUUCGAGUGUAAUGUUCGGGCCAAUCCCAAAGCACACAGACUCGUUUGGUACCAUGAUGGUGAGGAAAUCCAUCAUAACGUGAGCGACGGGACGAUUUUGAGCGACCGGAGCCUGGUUCUGCAGGGGGUGAGCCGCCGAUCAGCCGGGCAGUACACCUGCAUGGCCGCCAACUCGGAAGGAAAGGGGAAGAGCGACCCCGUCCAGCUUCAAGUCAUGUAUGCACCGGUGUGUUUAUCGGAGCUGGACGAGCUGGUGGGGGCCGUUCGGGAGGAGACGGUGCAGCUGCGAUGCGAGGUGGACGCGAACCCGGCGUCGGUGCUCUUCACGUGGACGUUCAACAACAGUGGAGACCUCGUCCAGCUGCCCCCGCACAAGUACACAACCGGCACCAACGCCGGCACCGUCUCCCGGCUCAACUACACCCCCGUCUCCGACAUGGACUACGGCACCCUCUCCUGCUGGGGCCGCAACUCCGUCGGCACCCAGGCACUCCCCUGCCUCUUCCAGGUCGUCGCCGCAGGUCGGCCGCUUCCGUUGGUGAACUGCUCGGUGUCGAACCUGACGGUGUCCUACCUGCGGGUGGAGUGCGAGGAGAGCUUCGACGGGGGCCUCCCGCAGUCCUUCCUCAUGGAGGUCCUCAAGCUGCCCAGCCUGGAGCUCCAGUUCAACGUCUCCAGCCCGCGGCCCCAGUUCGACUGGCACGGCGCCGACCUCUUCUCCAGCUACAGGAUCCUCCUCUUCUCCUACAACUCCAAGGGCCGCAGCGAGCCGGUCAUCCUCGAGGCUGUCGCCCUCAAAGGAGUCGCCAAGUUCACCGGUUCCCGCGGGCUGCACAUAAGCUCGGUGCUGGCGGGAUUCGCGACGGUGUGUCUGGCGCUGGUGGUGGUGGCGUGCGCCUUGCUCGUGGCCGCCUACCGCAAGCGAAAAAUGGAGCACGGCUCGCAGGUCAAGCUCGAGCCCGUCAACACCUCCUGCCCAGGGGUCCUCCUCAUCCCCAACAACUCCUGUCAGGAACACAAGUCCGCCGAUGAUAACCCCGAUAUCAUCCCCAAUCAAUAUGAAAAAAGGCCUUUGAAAAGCUUCAUGAAAAUUUACAAAACACCGCCGCAGAAGCGAAAGAAAAAAGACCAGGAAUGCGUGGAGCAAACCAAAGCCGUAGAUGAAAAUUACUCAAAUUUUAGUCAUUCGGUGAUCGUCACAUCGAAGUCUAAUCAAUUUACAAAUUAUGUAUUUAAUAGUAAUUCUAGCUCGAAAUUGAAUCGAUUAGGAAGUCCGGUGAGUCCUGGGGACAUCUCGAACGUGGGAUCGUUUCGAUCCUCGAGCAGUCAGAAGCUGGGCCCCGAAGUCGUGACGGCCACGCACAGACUCCAAGAAAGUUGUAUAUAACUGUCGCCCGACGACCCUUCCUAUCCAAAUUCUUGUACAUUGCCAUAGUAUAUUUUAAUGAUCUUUUUUAGGCUAAUUUCAUUCAGUUGAACCAUGACUCAGGAUUAUCAAGGUCAUGCCUCUCACCGACAUGUUUCCGGAAUGUUUCUGCGACGAAUAUAUGGGGCUGAUACCUCACUGAAAUGUGUUGGAAUGGCAUGGGAAACAUCUAUCGGACGUUUCUGUGAAAGAAAAUUUAGGGGUGACAUAGAGUUGUUUUAGAGACCUUUUCAAAACUGCUUGGACGUAUGAUAUGUUUUCAAGAUGUUUCAUUGGAAUGUUUCAAAGAUAUAUUUUCAGAUCAAUGACACAUUUUAAAAACAUUUUCAAUCCGACUUGUGCUAGCAGGGUCCAUGGUAAAAUCAUUCGGAAAAAUACCGUUUUUCAAAGAUGAAUCUUCUGUGGCGAGAAAUGUUUCCGCGCCGGAAGCGCCACCGUUGUAAUUUGAUUUUUUUGUUGACGAGUCCGUACCGCUGAACUUGAGUCUUUGAGUUAUUAUGUAUAUUAAAGGAAGAGCAGUUAAAUUUGAAGAGUCAAAAGCCUUAGCUAGCACAUACUUCUUCAUAUAAUCUAGCUCUAGCUAUUAUUACAAAACUUUGAAAGCUCGUUUUUUAAAAAAAAAAAAAAAAAUUCUAGACACAUGCUGCUGGACCUGAUGAGUCUUAAAGUGUAGCAUAAAUAUUGCGUUUUUAAAAAUCUCUGAUUUCGGAGCCACAUUUUAGCAGCGCAACAUGGUAGUUUUUUUUUUUACCUUAUGACAGUUUAACGCAUCAGAGGAACACUAUCUUGCCCAAAAGGAGCAUUGCGUCCAUGAAAAAUAAGUUUUCGGUCGAUGAAAUUGAUAUUUAAAUUGGCUUGAUAACCUCAUCCCGUCUCCGUUAGGACUGGUCUCUAUGUUAACAUCGGUCUUCCACGUUCAUCUUUUGGCUUCAUUCUAUUAUUUUUGCAUAGUCCUGGCCUGUCCAACGUGCAGAUUAAAAUUAUAAAUGGCAUACGAUAAACAUGUCCCACAUAUUCUGCGCUGUUUCAAAGCAGGCUAGAAUAGAAUCGAGGAAAACCAGUAAGACAAACAAAUUCAGUUCGAAUGGCGCAAUACACAUUUUGACCUAAAAACCUGAAGUUUUUGGUCAAUUAUACGAGCCUAAUUAUGGCUACCAGUUGUGGCUACCAAUUAUGGUAGAUUGUUUCAAGACUGCGAUAAUUCUCUUUGUACUAAUCUUCUCAUUGGUGAGAAUCACUAAAAUUGUUUACAAUCCGAAAUCAUUUGCAUCCAAUCAUCUCAAUGUAAACAUCCCGAUUUAGUAAAUCAAGUGGUUAAAAGUAUUCCGACUGAAUAAUCUGAGAAUAGUUUUGUACUUUUUGGUAACAUCUAUGCUAAUUUUGAACGGAAUAAUUGAUAUAAUUGACCAAUUUUUUCCCCUACUAUAGGAGCCCACGAUGAAUUUUAUAUUGUCUCCCUGGUGUUGAAAUAAUGCGAAAGAACUGCCUCAUUCCCAUGCGAGCAUAUACUAUUUGACGAUAGUUCUAAGGCCCGAUUCAGGUGAUCGAACAUUCUGCUGUGGUUUGGACAAUUUGUCAAACCACAGCAUUUGAUCAAACUGGCUUUAUUUGAGCUAAGUCCUGCUCAUCAAACAAGUUUUUGAAAUGUCUGUAGUUUCAUUCGCAAUUUUGGUGUUUGGAAACUCUUUCACGCAGCCUGAAAUUCUAUUUCUUUUUUUUUUAUGAAUCUAUCACUUAGAAUCCAAUAAUGGUCCUGAUUGUGAGUAAUGGAUAAAUACUCAUUGGUUCAAAUACUACAUUUUUCUCCAAGCUCCCAAGCUUGAAAAUUUCGCUCACUUUUGUUACCAGCCUAAAACAUCAUUGUGUACAUUCACUCAUUUGUAAAAAUCUUUUUCUGUAAAAUUUUUUGUACAAUAAAUUACAAGUUACUUCA